AUGACUAAUGAUAAAUGUGUAUCGCAUUGCUGUUCAUUUCUGGAUAACGCUACUUAUAUUGGAACUGAGGCUUGGAACGUGUGCUUUUGUAGUAACGUAUUGAGCAUAGAUAAUUUUGUAACAAGAGACCCAGCUUCAGGAAUAGACUGUGAUAUGCCAUGUUCUGGAAAUCAAAAUGAAAUGUGUGGAGGUUCUUGGAGUUUGAGUGUAUAUAGGAUAGAAUGUUCAACUGAUACAACGGUAAAAACUAUUACACAAACCACAAGCGGUAUAUCUACAUUGACAUCAAAAGUGACACCUGAAUCUACUAAAGUAGACAAUUCCCGAUCAACUGACACACAGUUUACCAUCAAUACACCAACCACAAGCGACGUACCAACAAACGAGCUGACGACUGAAGCACCUAUAGAAGCUAACUCACCUUCAACUGAUACAACGGUGACAACAAAUACACCAACCACAAGCGGCACAUCUACAAUGACAUCAAAAGUUACAACUGAAUCAACUGAAGAAAAUAUUUCUCCAUCAACGGAAACGACAACUAAUGCACCAACCACAAGCGAUAGUUCUACAUCAACAAAAGAACUGACAACUGUAGAAACUAUAGCAGCUAACUCGCCAUCAACUGCCACGCAGGUGAUAACUAAUACACCAACCACAAGCGAUAUAUCAACAUCAACAACACAACUGACAACUGAAGCAACUAUGACAGCUACCUCACCAUCGACUGACACAACGGUGACAACCAAUAGACAAACCACAAGCGACAUAUCAACAUCAACAACAGAACUGAAAACUGAAGCAACUAUGGCAGGAACCUCACCAUCAACUGACACAACGGUGACAACCAAUAGACAAACCCCAAGCGACAUAUCAACAUCAACAACACAACUGACAACUGAAGCAACUAUGGCAGUUACCUCACCAUCAACUGACACAACGGUGAUAACCAAUAAACAAACCACAAGCGACAUAAUAACAUCAACAACAGAACUGACAACUGAAGCAACUACGGCAGCUACCUCACCAUCAACUGAUACAACGGUGACAACUAAUACACCCACAACAACCGACGUACCAACAAAAGAGCUGACGACUGAAGCAACUAUAGAAGCUAACUCACCUUCUACUGAUACAACGGUGACAAUUAAUACACCAACCACAAGCGGCAGAUCAACAAUGACAUCAAAAGUGACAACUGAAUCAACUGAAGCAAAUAAUUCUGCAUCAACAGAAACGACAACUAAUACACCAACCACAAGCGACAGUUCAACUUCAACAAAAGAACUGACAACUGUAGAAACUAUGGCAGCUAACUCGCCAUCAACUGCCACGCAGGUGAUAACUAAUACACCAACCACAAGCGACAUAUCAACAUCAACAACACAACUGACAACUGAAGCAACUAUGGCAGCUACCUCACCAUCAACUGACACAACGGUGACAACCAAUAGACAAACCACAAGCGACAUAUCAACAUCAACAACAGAACUGACAACUGAAGCAACUAUGUCAGCUACCCCACCAUCAACUGACACAACGGUGACAACCAAAAGACAAACCACAAGCGACAUAUUAACAUCAACAACACAACUGACAGCUGAAGCAACUAUGGCAGCUACAUCACCAUCAAAUGAUACAACGGUGACAGCUGAUACACCUACAACAAGCGACGUACCAACAAAAGAGCUGACGACUGAAGCAACUAUAGAAGCUAACUCACCUUCUACUGAUACAACGGUGACAACUAAUACACCAACCACAAGCGGCACAUCAACAAUGACAUCAAAAGUGACAACUGAAUCAACUGAAGCAAAUUAUUCUCCGUCAACGGAAACGACAACUAAUACACCAUCCACAAGCGACAGUUCAACAUCAACAAAAGAAUUGCCAACUGUUAAACCUAUAGCAGCUAUCUCGCCAUCAACUGCCACGCAGGUGAUAACUAAUACACCAACCACAAGUGUCAUAUCAACAUCAACAACACAACUGACAACUGAAGCAACUAUAAAAGCUAAAUCACCUUCUACUGAUACAACGGUGACAACUAAUACACCAACCACAAGCGGCACAUCUACAAUGACAUCAAAAGUGACAACUGAAUCAACUGAAGCAAAUAAUUCUCCAUCAACGGAAACGAAAACUAAUACACCAACCACAAGCGACAGUUCAACAUCAACAAAAGAACUGACAGCUGUAGAAACUAUAGCAGCUAAUUCGCCAUCAACUGCCACGCAGGUGAUAACUAAUAAACCAACCACAAGCGACAUAUCAACAUCAACAACACAACUGACAACUGAAGCAACUAUGGCAGCUACCUCACCAUCAACUGACACAACGGUGACAACCAAUAGACAAACCACAAGCGACAUAUCAACAUCAACAACAGAACUGACAACUGAAGCAACUAUGGCAGUUACCUCACCUUCAACUGACACAACGGUGACAACCAAUAGACAAACCACAAGCGACAUAUCAACAUCAACAACACAACUGACAACUGAAGCAACUUUGGCAGCUACAUCACCAUCAACAGAUACAACGGUGACAGCUAAUACACCCACAACAAGUGACAUAUCAACAUUACCAACUGAACUGACAACUAAAACAACUAUGACAGCUAACUUACUAUCAACCGGCACAAAGGUGAAAACUAAUACACCAACCACAAACGGCAUAUCAACAUCAAGAACCGAACUGACAAAUGAAGCAACUAUGGCAGCUAACUUACAACCAACUGACACAGCAUUGACAACCAAUACACCAGCCACAAACGACAUAUCUCCAACGACCUUAAAAAAGACACCUAAAUCAACUGAAGGAGCAUUUUCAACUUUAACUGACACAACGGUGACAACUAUUACACCAACCACAAGCAGUAUAUCUACAUUGACAUCAAAAGUGACAACUGAAUCAACUAAAGCAUAUAAUUCCCCAUCAACGGAAACGACAACUAAUAAACCAAUUACAAGCGACAGUUCAAAAUCAACAAAAGAACUAACAACUGAAGAAACAAUAACAGCUAACUCACCAUCAACUGCCACACAGGUAUUAAAUAAUGCACCAACCACAAGCGACAUAUCAACAUCAACAACAGAACUGACAACUAAAGAAACUAUGGCAGCUACCUCACUAUCAACUGACAUAACGGUGACAACCAAUAGACCAACCAAAAGUGACGUAUCAACAUCAACAACAGAACUGACAACUGAAGCAACUAUGGCAGGUUCCUCACCAUCAACUGAUACAAAACUGACAACUAAAACAACUAUGGUAGCUAACUUAUCAUCAACCGGCACAACGGUGAAAACUAAUACACAAACCACAAAUGAUAUAUCAACAUGUUCAACAGAACUGACAACAGAAGCAACUAUGGCAGCUAUCUCACCAUCAACUGACUCAACGUUGAGAACCAAUACUCCAACCACAAACGACAUAUCUACAAUAACCUUAAAAACGACAACUGAAUCAACUGUAGGAGCAUUUUCAACUUUAACUGACACAACGGUGACAAAUAAAACACCAACAACAAGCAAGAUAUAUACAAUAACGUCAGACGUGACAACUGUUUCAACUGUAGCCACUAACUCACCAUCAGCUACAUACAUACAAGAAUUUACCGAUAAUGCAACAUUUGGAAAAACAUAG